AUGACAUGUCUUCUUCAAAGCGUAAAAAAAAGACUACAACAAAGAAAAGAAAUUAUUGAAUUUAAAGAAAAACACCCAAGUAUUAGUAAUGUUGAUCUCGUCGAUUGGGUGAAAAAAAAUAUGGGUCUUGAAGUUCAUCCCUCUACCAUUGGGCGUCUAAUAAAAAAUAAAGAUAAUAUUGGGGAUAAUCUAUCUGCAAAAAGGCAGAAGACAGUACAGCAUCCAGACCUUGAAAAUUCAUUACUCGACCAAAUAACACAACAUGGUGAAGAUGCAUCCGUAGAUGAUGAUGUCGUUGCAACUGCGAUUUCUAAAUUAAGAGAAUUAUUAGCUAAAUUUAAGUUAAAAGAUGUUUACAAUAUAGACGAAAUGAGAUUGUUUUAUCGGCUUGAACCUGAUACAACAUUGGCAACAACUAGUCUCAAAGAUAAACUUAAGCCAUUUGUAAUUGGAAAUUACUUCAUUAAAUGGUUGCUUGAUAUAUAUGAAUCUGGAAGUGAUAAAAAAUUAGAUGUUCUUAAAGCUAUUAAGUUUAUAGUCAAAGCAUGGAAGGAAGUAUCAUCAGAAACGUUAAUGAAAGAAUUACGUGAAAAUAUCGAAGCGCUCCAUUUUCGAAAUGUGAUGAAUCUUGAAGAAUAUAUUGACCAUCCAGAAGAAAAGGAAAUACAUGAAGUAUUAAGCGAUCAUGAAAUAGUGAAUCUAGCUAUUAACCUAGAACCUGAAGAGGAUAUAAGUGAUGAAGAUGAUGAUAGCACAGAAAUGCGCCAAGUUACUCAUAAUGAAGCACUGAAUGCUACAUAUUUGCUAGAACAAUACCUUCUGCAACAGGAUCUUUGUGAUACAACCCGGUCAAAACAUGAUGAAGCUUUAUCGAACUUGCAAAAAACGAUUAGAAAAUUAUGA